AUGUCUCUUGUCAACCUUGCCUCCGUGUGCGCCCACCUGAACAAUGCAACCAAGGCCCGCUUGGGUCUCACCUCGAUUCCCAACAGCAACCUCCACCUGAAGCUGUGCCAGGCCCUCCAGAACUCCGGCUAUAUCUCCUCCGUCGUGCGCGGAGGCCCGACUCCUCCUCCCACACACCCUAUCCUCGGCCAUCCGGCUGCGAACGACGAGUUAGAGGGUGUUGAGCCGAUCACCCGGGACAAUGUCGCAUCGCGACGCCUCUGGCUGGGUCUGAAGUACUGGCAAAACGAGUCGGUCCUGGGCAAGGUGAAGAUGGUCAGCAAGCCUACCCGACGGGUCCAUCUCGACGUUGAGGCCUUGCGUCGAGUCGUUCGUGGUGAGGAAGCUGGCUACGUGGCGGGACUCCGAUCGCCCGGUGAGAGUCUCUACCUCUCGACAGACCGGGGAGUCUUGGAGGCCCGCGAGUGCGUGGAGAAGAAGAUCGGUGGCCUGGUCUUGUGCCGAGUGCUAUAA